AAAAAAUCAAGCUCAAUAACCCAAAGGCUGUGGAAUUCUGAUCAAUCCAAAGUAGUAAAACAACUUCUGAUUGCCCUGUGACCUCACCACCUUUGGGAAACAACAGCGGGACAGGGCAUGGAGACGAGCUGGCAUGAUGGGAAUGGAGAACUCCCGGUGAUCUGGACACUUUCUCCUGUUUCAUGUUGCUGACCUGGAAGGAACCGCUUUAGGACAUGGUUCCCAAAAGAGCAAGAGUUACCAGGAAGCACCACUGAUCUGCACAGACCCCCUUUGCCUGCUGCUGCCCCACACUGAACAGAGAGCUGCUGAGUAGCUGCAUGGUCCAUCCCUGGAUUCUCCAACCACUGACUCCCCUCCACGCUGACCACAGCCAGGAGCCACAUUCCACUGCCUGCCCAGUGUCCAUCCAUGGAGGUGACCACCAUGUCCACAUCUCCUGCCUCACCCACUGAAGAGGACAAUCUCUGUGAGAUAGAUGUCACCAAUGUGGCCAUUCACAGUGUGACACUGCUCAUCUGCCUCUGUGGGCUGAUUGGGAAUGGGGCUGUCCUCUGCCUCCUCAGCCUGAAAAUCCGUAACUCUGCUGUCUUUGACCUGGCUUUUGGCGACUCUCUCUUCCUUCUCAUCACAGUCCCUGCUGCCCUCCUUUUCCUGGUGGAGGACGUGUCCUGCUCUCCUAUCAUGCCCCUGACAUACAUGAGCUUCCUUUUCCAGCUGUCAGUGGUCUUCUUCUACUGGGGGCUGUACCGUCUGACUCAGAGCAGAAAUGUGGUAGAUAUGUACGACCUCUGCAAACUCUGCUGCCGCUGUGAACUUCCAAUACGCCUGUGGUGGAUGGUGGAUAGCGUCCAGUACUGGGCCUUCUUUGCUCUCUUCACUGUGAUUCCCAUGGUGACAUCCCUGUGCCCAUCCCAUGAGCAGGGGCAUUGCCGGGCAGCUCUCAUCUCCAUGUACGCCAUCAUCCUGCUCCUCUUUGCUGCACCCGUGCUCAUUUCCAGCUCGAUCCUCCUCAUCAAGGCCAAGCGUGGCUCCCAGCAGCAGCAUCCCAAGAGACGAGACAUUGUUGUCUUCAUCACUGUGCUCUUCACUCUCCUUCUCGGCCUCUGCAAUUUCCUGCAGCAGCUUGGCUACAUCCUUGUGCCCUUCCAGUUUUUUUUCCUGCUCACCUGCAUCCACAGCAGCAUCAAACCCUAUAUCUACUUCCUCGCAGGGAGGUGCUGGAGUCCCUGCUCCAUGGGGUCCCUCCGGCUCUCUCUCCAGAGGGUCUUCGAGGAGAAGAAAGAAAAAACCACCUGCAGCCAUGGUGCCACCAUAGACACAGUGAUCUAAGUCUGUUGAUUCCUUCCAAUACUCCAUUGAAGGACUUCAGCACAGGUUUCCUUGAGUCACCUGAUUAAUACAUAUCCACAGCCUCACCCUCCCUGUGCUGGUGU